AUGACUGGGUCGAUUGACGUCCAGACUCCGGCGCAGGGCGAUGAGAAGGCCGUCAUGCAGCAUCAGGAGCAUAUUCACAAAAGGGACGCUGAUGGUAGCUCCAAUGAGGCGGGGCUUCACGAGUCCGAGAAGAACAUUCCGGUCCUUGGAAACCUGCUCGCUCUCGCGGGUGUUUGUCCAUUCGUCGGAUCUCUUUCAGACUUGAUCGGUCGUCGCUAUGUCGCCAUUCUGGGUGCUUCCCUCAUCUGUCUCGCUGGUAUGUCCAUUGCCGGUGCUGGCGCUGGUGUCAACGAACUGACUGCGCUGGCCGCAACCUCGGAGAUGGCGCCGACCCGCAAGCGUGGUGUUUACGUUGCUGUGCUGAUCUUCACCAUUGUGCCCUUCUGCCCGUCCGUGCUGUGGGCUCAGCUCAUUGCCGCUCACAGCAACUGGCGCUACGUCGGUGCAUUCUGCGGUGCCUGGAACGGCUUCGGUCUCUUGAUCACCGUUCUCUUCUACAAGCCUCCUCCUCGAGUCAACUCGCUUGGCCUGAGUCGAAAGGAAAUUAUUAGUCGCAUUGACUUUGUUGGUGGCUUCUUGAGUAUCACUGGUCUUAUCUUGUUCAUGGCCGGUAUGCAGUGGGGUGGUUAUAUGUACCCCUGGAGCUCUGCUCACGUCCUUGCUCCACUUAUCCUCGGCUUCGUUAUGUUGAUUGCCUUUGCCUUCUGGGAGAUCUAUGGUGCUAAAUACCCAAUCUUCCCGACACGUCUGAAGCAGGAGCCUCGCACCUUGGGUCUGACCCUGGUCAUCACCUUCAUCUCGGGAGCCAACUUUUUCUCUGUGCUCAUGUUCUGGCCCACUGAAUCUUUCAACGUGUACGGACAUGAUCCGGUUGGUGUCGGUAUUCGCAGUCUUCCUGUUGGCUUCGGUAUCUUGGCUGGUGCCUGUAUCGUGCUGGUCCUGCUUAGUGUGUUCCGAGGACAUAAUAAGGAGCUCCUGAUUGUGAGCAGCGUUCUUAUGACUGCCGGCUGUGGUGCUCUUGCGAUCGGUCGUGUUGACAACAUGCACCAAUUGUGGGGACUUCUCGUCCUUGCUGGCCUCGGAAUCGGUGGAAUCGUCGUUCCUGCAUCGAUUAUCACCACCAUUAUUUGCCCCGACGAUCUGAUUGCCACCAUUUCCGCCCUCACCCUAUCUAUCCGUGUGGUGGGUGGCAGUGUCGGCUACACCAUCUACUACAACGUCUUCAUCAACAAAUUUAUUCCGGCCGCGACGUACUAUAUCGGUGGUGUGAUGACGACCGAGCUCAACAUCACCAGCGUCGAGGCUAUCACCGAAGCCAUCGAGCUCACCGGUGCUUCUCUGUUGACCGAGUUGCAGAAGAUUCCUGGCAUUGCUGGCAACGAAACCGCUUAUGAGAUGGUUGUCGGGGCCGGUCAGAUCGCUUACGCCGAGGCCUACAAAUGGGUGUACUAUGUCAGUAUUGCGUUUGGUGCUGUUUCGAUCCUGGCUGCUUGCUUCUUGGGCGACAUCACCAAGUACAUGGAUGACCAUGUGGCUGUCGUGAUGUAA